GUCUAGUAUUAAGCCUUAAAAUCAAAAUGGCGUAUUUCCAAUGACAAUAUAUGACUGACUCAACUAAUUGAGAGAACAUAUUGGAAGAAUGUCUAUUAUUGUCAUUUUCUCUGUUUUCAUCUGUCAUAUCUCAAGUACUGACGUUAUGCUUCAAUAUGAGGUGAGUGACGUCACUGGAGAUCGAAUGCCUGAUCAGGUCAAUGUAACUUUUAGCACAGAAACAAAAUCUCUAACCAAACUUAAUCUCAGACGCUCGCGACAUUUUAACCUUGACAUUCCUCUGUAUACUCUGACCUCCGACCAGGAAGGACUUUUCCAUAGACAUAAAGUGAAAACCAGACCCAAAAAGGAUCUAGGUUUCUACCAAGAUAUUACAAACAAGGCUGUUUUUCGUAUCCAAAGGUCUACAGAGAAAUCGGCGAACAAGAAAUCUAAAUUUAAUUUGAAAGGGGAAUUUCUUGUGAACACAACCAAAUGUCUCUUCGACUCAGAGAGAAAGACCUUAAAAAAGCCUUGGAGAAACAUGUCCCUCAAACCGAUGUCCCAUUCUAGGUGGACUGCAUCUCCUAGACCACUUUCCACGACAACAUUCGACCAAUAUGUUUAUACUUUAGAAAUACUGAAACCCACAACGUUUGAUAGGUUUGACGCUAGAAUACUUCCGCCAGAAGAAAAAACUGUGAGAAUGAAUGCCAUCAACAUUACAGACAUGCAUAUGAAUAACCGUAAAUCUAACCGAUCAACAUUGAAGUCAGCCCCACAAAGCAGUCGUCGCCGGAACGCAGUGCAGGACUACUACCCACAAAGCAGACGUCGCCGGAACUCAGUGCAGGACUACUACGUCGACGUGGUGGCGGUGAUUGACUACAAACGCUACUCCAUGUUCUUAGCACAAGCGAACUACAAUUACUUCGCAGCAAUGCAGAAUAUUCUAGAGUACUAUGCCUUUGUGUUAAGUGGGGCGGACAUGCUGUAUCAAGGCAUUAAACAUCCAAAUUACACGAUUCAUAUUCUUCUGAGUAAAGUAUACAUUCUUCAGACUUCAAGUUUUAUCGACACGAUCGCUAGCUACGAUGAGAUGAAUGGGGACACAGCAUCAAAUAGUAUACAAAAUUUUAUCGUAGGUGCUGGGCGUGGCGUCCUCGGCAUUUAUGAUCACGUGAUGCUGUUCACUGGUUAUAACCUCUUUAGUGUGGACCGUUACAAUAAUAAAAUAGAUAUCUUAGGGGUUUCUAAUACGGGAUCAAUGUGUCGAACAGACGGAUCGAGCUCUACUGUAGUAGAAAAUCGCGAAGGCUACUCAACCUCUACUAUAAAUACGGCAGCACACGAACUGGCACAUAGCCUCUCAGCACGUCACGACGGAGAUAACAAUCCCUGCAACCCUUCAGAGAGAUACAUUAUGGGUGCUCCUGAAUCGGUAAAAAAGCCUGGGAAUGAGUAUAAUCCAUGGCGGUUCUCUCCCUGCAGCGUCAGUUACUUUACCAGCUUUUUGAAGGAAACGUUGAACUCCAGUCGAGGUUACACCUGUCUUGUCUACGCUAUCGAAGCAUCAGCAGACAUUCCAGAUGUAUCUGAUAAACUAUUGGGUCAGGUGAUCAAACCUGAUCAACAGUGUAAACAGUUUUUUGGAAAUGAUUCCUUCCUUUGCAGGGCUACCGAAUCUAGACGCCCUAUCACUGAAAUCUGCCAAGCAAUGUUAUGUGCAGAUGUUUUAAGAGGGUUAUGUAUCCUGCAGAUAGCACUCAUUGGAACAUCUUGUGGCGAUGGAAAGGUCUGCAUAAAUGGACAAUGUGUCAGCUACCCAUACGCUCCUCAAAUUGAUGAAAACUGUGCAUUUGGAGACAGACCGAGCUAUUUUUGCAGUUUGUAUAUCAAUGACUUUAUGGGCAACUGUUACUCUACUCUUAGCUAUCGAGCAUGUUGUGACACGUGUAACAAAGUGUCUAGGCCCGUGAAAGGCUGUGAAUACGGAGAUAGAAUCAUCGAUUGUACACAAGAUCACUGCUUGAAUUCUCAAGUGGAUUGCUGCGGCACGUGUAACUAUGGCACACCCUUUACCCCAACGUACAGCACCAGAAGAAGCACACCUAAUAGAUCCACGAGAGCCUAUCCCCCUGUGCUAUUCACUUUAACUAAAGAGUGUGUACUAGGAGAACCAGAUUUAAGUCCAGAGCUGUGUACUAGCCCAAGUAUCUGCCAGACACAACCAUUGAUGUGCUGUGAAAGUUGUUCUUCUGCCAGCCAUCUCUCUUUAUACACUAUUUGGAUAUAUUGUUUUUUUUUUUGUAUUGCAUUCUUUCUUUAUAUUAAAACAAAUGUCUAUUAGGUAGAUAAAGUACAAAUGUCUAUUAGGUAGCUAAAGUACAAAUGUCUAUUAGGUAGCUAAAGUACAAAUGACUCUUAGGUAGAUAAAGUACUUACCCUUGUUCGGUAUUUUUUUUUAUAGUUUUUGUCUAUUUCUUAUCUUUAUACCAUUUUAAGCAUUGUUUAAACAAGGAAAUCAAUUAUAAUGAAGCAAUCUAUCAAUCAUAAUGAAGCACUCGUUGGUGUACUGUGCAUGAAAUAAUAGACCUCUAAAACAUGUAACCAUGGCCGUCCUUAGAUAAUGAGCCUCCUUGUCCUUAUCAUUAUGAGGAACAUUUUGUACAUCCUCUUAUAAUUCUGGAUCUAGAGAUAAAGUAUGUUGCUUGUUUUUAUUUCUUUUAUUAAACAGUUUCAAGUUCUUUAUAUAA